CUGGGACGUAACCCCCCCUUCUCCCCUCCCCCGCCCCUCCUUCACCCCGGCGGGAUCGUCGAUUCAUCCGCUUCGUUAUCGUUAUUUUGGGGGGGUGCGUGUGAGGCGGGGGGAGGCGUCAUUGGAAGAGUAAAACGUUGUUGAGCUUUUUUUUUGCCCUUUUCCUCCCCUGAUUUUUUAAUUUCCUUUUUUUUUUUUUAAGGUGGGCAAACUGUGAAACCCACCUUCGUCUCCCCUCCUUCCCCCCUCCCCACCUUCCCUCAUCCCCUCCCAGUCCCCCCCGCAAGGAAGGACGAGGCAGUUGGUUCAAUCUCUGGUAAUCUAUGCCAGCAAUUAUGACAAUGUUAGCAGACCAUGCAGCUCGUCAGCUGCUGGAUUUCAGCCAAAAACUGGAUAUCAAUCUUUUGGACAGUGUGGUGAAUUGCUUGUACCAUGGAGAAGGAGCCCAGCAAAGAAUGGCUCAGGAAGUCUUGACACACUUAAAGGAACAUCCUGAUGCAUGGACAAGAGUUGAUACAAUUUUGGAAUUUUCACAGAAUAUGAACACGAAAUAUUAUGGACUACAAAUCUUGGAAAAUGUGAUAAAGACAAGAUGGAAAAUUCUUCCAAGGAACCAAUGUGAAGGAAUCAAAAAAUACGUUGUUGGCCUUAUCAUAAAGACUUCAUCUGACCCAACAUGUGUAGAGAAAGAAAAGGUGUAUAUUGGAAAAUUGAAUAUGAUUCUUGUUCAGAUCUUAAAGCAGGAAUGGCCCAAACACUGGCCAACUUUCAUCAGUGACAUUGUAGGAGCAAGUAGGUCCAGUGAAAGUCUCUGCCAGAAUAAUAUGGUGAUCCUUAAACUAUUGAGUGAGGAAGUAUUUGAUUUCUCCAGUGGGCAGAUCACUCAAGUGAAAGCAAAGCAUUUGAAAGACAGCAUGUGCAAUGAAUUCUCACAGAUAUUUCAGCUGUGUCAGUUUGUGAUGGAAAAUUCCCAGAGUGCUACGCUGGUACAUGCCACUUUGGAAACAUUGCUAAGAUUUCUAAACUGGAUUCCACUGGGAUAUAUUUUCGAAACCAAGUUAAUCAGCACAUUAAUAUAUAAGUUUCUAAAUGUUCCAAUGUUUCGAAAUGUUUCUCUGAAGUGCCUCACUGAGAUUGCUGGUGUGAGUGUAAGCCAGUAUGAGGAACAAUUUGUAACACUAUUUACACUGACAAUGAUGCAGCUAAAACAGAUGUUACCUUUAAAUACCAAUAUUCGACUUGCUUACUCCAAUGGAAAAGAUGAUGAACAAAAUUUCAUCCAGAAUCUCAGUUUGUUUCUCUGUACGUUCCUUAAAGAACAUGGUCAACUUAUAGAAAAGCGAUUAAGUCUCAGGGAAACAUUGAUGGAGGCUCUUCACUAUAUGUUGUUGGUAUCUGAAGUAGAAGAAACUGAAAUCUUUAAGAUUUGUCUUGAGUAUUGGAACCAUUUGGCAGCUGAAUUAUACAGAGAAAGUCCAUUUUCAACAUCUGCCUCUCCAAUGCUGUCUGGAAGUCAACAUUUUGAUGUUCCUCCCAGGAGACAACUUUACCUACCUGUAUUAUCCAAGGUCCGUUUAUUGAUGGUGAGUCGAAUGGCUAAACCUGAAGAAGUGUUGGUUGUAGAAAAUGAUCAGGGAGAAGUUGUGCGAGAAUUUAUGAAGGAUACAGACUCCAUUAAUUUGUAUAAGAAUAUGAGAGAAACUUUGGUAUAUCUUACACAUCUGGAUUAUGCAGAUACUGAAAGAAUAAUGACUGAAAAACUUCACAAUCAGGUGAAUGGAACAGAAUGGUCUUGGAAAAAUUUGAACACUUUAUGUUGGGCAAUAGGCUCAAUUAGUGGAGCGAUGCAUGAAGAGGAUGAAAAAAGAUUUCUUGUUACAGUCAUAAAGGAUCUUUUAGGAUUAUGUGAACAGAAAAGAGGCAAAGAUAAUAAAGCUAUUAUUGCAUCAAAUAUCAUGUACAUAGUAGGUCAGUAUCCAAGGUUUUUGAGAGCUCAUUGGAAAUUUUUGAAGACUGUGGUCAACAAGUUAUUUGAAUUCAUGCAUGAAACCCAUGAUGGUGUCCAGGAUAUGGCCUGUGAUACCUUCAUAAAAAUAGCACAAAAAUGCCGCAGGCAUUUUGUUCAGGUUCAGGUUGGAGAAGUAAUGCCAUUUAUUGAUGAGAUUUUGAACAACAUUAACACUAUCAUUUGUGAUCUUCAGCCUCAGCAGGUUCAUACAUUUUAUGAAGCUGUUGGAUACAUGAUUGGUGCACAAACUGACCAAACAGUACAAGAACAUUUGAUAGAAAAAUAUAUGCUACUUCCUAAUCAGGUGUGGGACAGCAUAAUUCAGCAAGCCACCAAAAAUGUGGAUAUACUUAAGGAUCCUGAAACAGUUAAGCAGCUUGGAAGUAUUUUGAAAACAAAUGUAAGAGCAUGUAAAGCUGUUGGUCACCCCUUUGUAAUUCAACUUGGACGGAUUUAUUUAGAUAUGCUUAAUGUGUACAAGUGCCUCAGUGAAAAUAUUUCUGCAGCUAUCCAGGCCAAUGGUGAAAUGGUUACAAAACAACCCCUGAUUAGAAGUAUGAGAACAGUAAAAAGAGAAACUUUAAAAUUAAUAUCUGGUUGGGUGAGCCGGUCUAAUGAUCCACAGAUGGUAGCAGAAAAUUUCGUUCCUCCUUUGUUGGAUGCAGUUCUAAUUGAUUACCAGAGAAAUGUUCCAGCUGCUAGAGAACCAGAAGUACUUAGUACAAUGGCCAUCAUUGUCAACAAAUUAGGGGGACACAUCACUGCUGAAAUACCUCAGAUAUUUGAUGCUGUUUUUGAAUGCACAUUAAAUAUGAUAAACAAGGACUUUGAAGAAUAUCCUGAACACAGAACAAACUUUUUCCUACUACUUCAGGCUGUGAAUUCUCAUUGUUUCCCAGCCUUCCUGGCCAUUCCACCUGCACAAUUUAAGUUAGUUUUGGAUUCCAUCAUCUGGGCUUUCAAGCAUACUAUGAGGAAUGUUGCAGAUACAGGCCUACAAAUACUCUUUACACUCUUGCAAAAUGUUGCACAAGAAGAAGCUGCUGCUCAGAGUUUCUAUCAGACCUAUUUCUGUGAUAUCCUUCAGCACAUCUUUUCAGUUGUAACAGACACCUCACAUACUGCUGGGUUAACAAUGCAUGCUUCAAUUCUUGCAUACAUGUUUAAUUUAGUAGAAGAAGGAAAAAUAAGUACACCAUUAAAUCCUGGAAACCCAGUUAACAACCAAAUGUUUAUUCAGGAGUAUGUGGCUAAUCUUCUCAAAUCUGCCUUCCCUCACCUGCAGGAUGCUCAAGUUAAACUGUUUGUAACAGGACUCUUCAGCUUAAAUCAGGAUAUCCCAGCUUUCAAGGAACAUCUUAGGGAUUUCCUGGUACAGAUAAAGGAAUUUGCAGGAGAAGAUACAUCUGACCUGUUUUUAGAAGAAAGAGAAACAGCCCUUCGACAGGCUCAGGAAGAGAAACAUAAACUUCAGAUGUCUGUCCCUGGCAUCCUUAAUCCACAUGAAAUUCCUGAAGAAAUGUGCGAUUAAAAAUUAAACAAGUUAUGCUGGGUUUUUUCUGUACAGCUGCUUUGUUGUGGUAGAAGAAAACAGCAUUUGGAUAUUUGUUGACCAAAAUGAUGCCAAUUUGUAAAUUAAAAUGUCACCUAGUGGCCCUUUUUCUUAUGUGUUUUUUGUAUAAGAAAUUUUCUGUGAAAUAUCCUUCCAAUGUUUAAGCUUUUGUUUUGGUCAUCUUUAUUUAGAUUUGCAUGAAGUUGAAAAUUAAGGCAUUUUAAAAAACAAUAUUACUUCAUGCCCAUUUUGUGGCUGGGAUGGGGGGAAGAAGCAAAUUGAAUUUGAAAAAAUAUACUUGUAAAUUCUAUUGCAAAAUUAUACAAUUUUUUCCUGUAACAAUACCAAUUUUUAAUUAGGGAGCAUUUUCUUUCUAGCCUACAUUUCAGUCUAGAAGAAAAGGUAAUGAGUAAAACAAUUGCAUUGUUAAAGGAUUAUUAUAGUGCUGCAUUGUCUUGAAAGUAGCACUACUUGGACUGAAUUGGAUGGCUAGACUACAUGUAUUACAAAUCUGUAUGGCAAGUUUGCAGCAAGAUCAUGUGCAUAUCAUCCCAUUGUAAAGCAAGUUCAAAGAGUAUGGGAACACAGUUAGUUAUUUUUACACAGUUCUUUUUGUUUGUGUGUGUGUGCUGUCGCUUUGUCGACAACAGCUUUUUGUUUUCCUCAAUGAGGAGUGUUGCUCAUUUGUGAGCCUUCAUUAACUCGAAGUGAAAUGGUUAAAAAUAUUUAUCCUGUUAGAAUAGGCUGCAUCUUUUUAACAACUCAUUAAAAAAAAAAAAAACUCUGGCUUUUGAGAUGACUUAUACUAAUUUACAUUGUUUACCAUGCUGUAGUGCUUUAAGAACACUACUUAAAAGCAAAAUAAACUUGGUUUACAUUUAUUUUUCCUUUAUUGACUCAAAAUUAUUGAUGUAUUAUUGAAAGUGGUCAUCUUUGUGUUGAGUCAAAACUUAAGGUAAAGAAAGUUUGGAAACUGGGACAAAAACAGUUGUAUGAUGGACAGGAAAAUGUAGUUUUUAAAUUGGUCUAUGUAAUUACAGAAACAUAUAUAUAUAUGUGUGUGUGUAUGUGUAUAUAUAUAUGUCUACAAACAGAUUAUCAAUCUAUUUCUAAACACAAGUUUUGUGGGUGUGCCCUUGUAUAAAACUUUCUUCUUUUUUUUCUGUCAGAUGGAGGUGAAGGAAUAGAGCGUUUGUCAACCAAAAUGAACUUCAUAGAAUUUCAGGAAAACUAGUUGCCUUUUUAAUUGCAUUCAUUGCUAUCUUAAAAUAAACUCAUUCUACUUUGUUUCCUUUUAGUAUCGGAUUAAUUCCAAUUUAAUGAAAUCAUAAGAAAGAGAAGGUAUGGCUAGACUAGUAUUUUGAGUUUGGGACAAAAAUGGGUCAACAAUUAGAAGGGACCGAAACUUAGGGAAAGAAAGUUGUAGAUAAAGGGAGUACAGAAAAGAGCAUGGUUUGGUCCUGAGUUUCUCCUCUGAUAGAAACAUUAAAGAGCUUAAAGAAAUAAGAUCCUCUGUUCAGUCAAGCCUUGAGAACUUGGUGUUAAGGGGGUGGUUUUGGUCAUUCAGAACCAUAGUUCUACAAGCUGCCCACUUUAUUUGGGUGGGCAGCAGAAAAGGCAUUUAUCAGAAUUUGUUUUCUAGUGACCUGUGUUUUAACUUCAACCAAAAAGUAGUUGUUUGCAGUGUAAUAUUUAUAUGCUACAUCUUAAAUAUACUUUAAAGCUUUUUUUGUAAGACAAAUCAUUUCAUGAUAAUGAAUGUAAUUUUAAAGUUGUAUUAUAACUAUUUAAAUAGAAAAUUAUUUAAUGCCUUGUGAAAGCUGUCACAAUUUCUAGGUUGUAGCUGUAGUAAAUCUCUCUGGAAAGCAUAAAAAAUGGAGUUUAGUACAUCUAGUCAUAGUUCUGUGGCUUUAUUUAUGGUAGUUGGAACACUUCGAGUUAUCAUGACACCACAGUCUAGACAAUAAAUAUUCACUCAAUUUUUCCUAUCUGGAUAGCUGGGCUACUGCAGCCAUUUUGUUUUAAGAAUACAUUGGGCAUAUCCCAUGCUAGGGACAAAAACAAGCAAAAACCAAGAAAACAAAUUUUCAAUGACAUUUACAAUUGUUUGUCCUAGUAGUUUCCCACAUCAUCUAUGAGAGACUUAGAUUUUUUUUUAACCUUUCCAAGUACCUUUUAUUUUUUUCCACAAAGUUUGAUAUCCUUUGUCAUGAAUGUACUCAUGGACAUUAGAUGUCUACUUGUUUUGCUAUUAGACUUAUCUUUCCACAUUUCUUGAUGAAAGCACCAAAUCCUAUUAGUAAGGUGUACUGUUUGGUGAAGAAACUCCCUCUAUCAAUGCAGGGCAGCACCUUUGCUGCAAGUCAAAUCUAAUUAGAACAGAGAUUCUUAAUCUUUUUUGUAUUGGGGAUCCUUUUGGCAAUUGGUAAAGUCAUUAAAUCCUUUAUCAGAAUGUUUUUAAAUGUGUGAAACACAUAGGAUUACAAAGCAAACAAAUUGUAUUGAAUUACAUAGUUGUCAAAAUAUAAACCACCAAUCCCUGGAUUGGUUCAAGGACUUGUCCUAGGUCACAGAGUCUAUGUCAAAGCGGGGCUUGGCUCCAAGUCUUCCUGGCUCUGCAGCCAGCUCUAUUGCUUUUCUUCAUUUCUAACUGCACAAGAAUUAAUUAGUUCAUAUACCGUUUUCAGUUUUAAUUUUUUUUCGAGUUCUUGUGCUUAUUACAGAGUGCUGCUAUGAAUAUUUUGGUAUGUGCUUGUGUCUGACUUCCUUGAGGUCCCCAUAGUGAGACUAUUGGGUUAAAAAAAGUAUGUUCAGUUUGGUUGGUUGGUAUGAUUCCAAACAAAUUAUUAACAGUUGUAUCACCCAUUUAGGAUGACCUUUCGAGCUGUUAUGUAUCUCAUCUAGGAGGCUCUGCAGUGUUCUGGGGGGGAUUGAAAUCUACAUGAUGUAAUUUAUAAAAAGGAACAUCUGAAGGACCUGACUAUCCUUUGGGUUUUGUGCUAGAUCUUCAUAAUGGUGAAAUAUGCCAUUGGUGAGCUUAUGUUUCGUUUUAUCCCUCUCAAUGUUAUAAUGAUUAGCCUUUGUCGGUGUUUUCAUCUAUGGAAUCAAUUUCAUUAGGCUGUAUUGUGCUCCGUUGUAUGCUGAUUUUAGUAUCUUCAAAACUUGUUUUGCUGGUUUAAAAAGUGACACCUAUUCAAAAAGUUCUUUAAAAAUUUUUCAAAAAUUAUUCAUGAUUAGGGUUGUUAUUCUAGAAAUGCCCAAGGAAGAGGAGUAAUGAACUUGAGAAUAUCAACACUUUAUUGUGCAAAUGUGAAUAAAAAUAUAUAAGCAAGCA